AUGAACUCUGGCCCGAUCGACUGGCAGCAACAACCACUCGAUCCCUCACUUGCACAGGACCAAUCCGUUCUGUCCCAGUCUCAUCUCAAGCCAGGCCAUAAAGCAACCCUCCUAUCCUACACACAAACACUGGAGCUCUAUCGCCAGAACGCCAAAAAGACCAAUGACCCGGAGCUGCAGUUUGAGUUUGCGGCCUUCAUGAUCGACGCUGGCAAAACGCUGGAGGAUCUCCAGACGCGGACAGAGCUCUUUGAUGAGGCUAUGAAACUCCUGCGCAAGCUCUCGACGGGUGGACACGCAGAAUCACAGCAUUACCUGGCAGAGUGCUAUGCCUCCGGAUUUACCAAGGGCAAGCCCGAUUUUGACAAAGCUUUCCCUCUUUGGGUCCAGGCAUCGAAACAUGGACAUCCUGAUGCCGCGUACCGAACAGGGCGAAGCUAUGACGAGGGACUAGGGACUCGCAAGGAUAAUGCCAGAGCUGUACAGUUUUACAGGAAAGCUGCAUCGGCUAAUCAUCCAGGAGCAAUGUGGCGACUUGGUGUAGUAACACUGUAUGGAGAACUAGGCGUAGCACCAUCGCCACGCGAUGGAGUCAAGUGGCUGAAGCGAUCGUCCCAGGCAGCUACGCCCGAGUUCCCCUUUGCACUAUACGAGUUGGCACAGCUGCAUGAGCGCGGUAUCGAGAAUAUUGUGUUUGUCGACCCCGAGUACUCUGUCUCGCUCUACUCACAGGCCGCGGAGCUUGGACACGCGGCAUCGGCGUUCAGAUUGGGAGAAUGCUGGGAAUAUGGCAAGUUGGGAUGCAAACAGGAUCCGCGACUGUCGAUUCAUUAUUACACGCUGGCUGCACAGCAGGAGCAUCCCGAGUCAUGUUUUGCGCUUGCGGCAUGGUACCUGGUAGGAUCCCAGGGGGUGUUACCACAGUCGGAUGCAGAGGCAUACAUCUGGGCCAAUAGGGCAGCGGAUAAGAAUCUGCCGAAGGCAUUGUAUGCGAUGGGGUACUUUACGGAAGUCGGCAUUGGUCCUCGCAAGGACAUGGACGAGGCGGUUGAAUGGUACAAGAAGGCGGCAGCAGCGGGAGACAAGCGUGCGACGGAGCGUCUGGAGGGAGUGCCGGUUGAUGCGAAGAAGGAGAAGGGCAAGGACGAGAAGUGUAUUAUCAUGUAG